CACGGCGCAGAAAACCAGUCGACAAAGUGUACGCUCUGCGCACACGCAUGUGUUACACGUACCAGUACCAACAAAACGCGCGAGUGAAAUCGAAAAUACCUUUGUGUAUUAUAUGGUUUCCCUCUAAUCGUCGUCCAACCUGACACGGAUCAGUUAUAGGCUUCACAAUGGCUCCCAUAAAUCAGAAGUCAGGAGCCGGUUCCACCAGUAAGAGUGGAUCCGGACUCGGGAAGAUGCAGUCCACAUUUGGCAAAAGUUCCUCAUCUUAUGGGAAAAGCGAUAAAAGUUCCGGUAAAAGUAGUGGAAACUCACUUAUGCCAAAAGUCAACAAAUCGUCUAUGCCUGUUUUGGGAGGGAAGAGUUCCAGUGAAUCUUCAAGUGUCAGUAGAAGCUACCCAUCGUUUACUCCACCGAAAAGCAGCAAGCCUUCUGUAAGUUUAGGCAUUAUAUGGAUCCCAACGAGGAAAAACAAGAAAAAAGAAGCUGUCUACACUCCCCACAACAACAAAUAUGACUAUUCUAAUAGGACACCAUCAAUGUACAAAUUUAUGUCUGGAGACUCCCCUGAUUACGAUCUAUACAAGAAGAAAGAAGAAGAAUCCAAUUUGUUGGUCCCUGAAAGGAGCAAAGCACCAUUAGCAACAAUUGCUAGUGCUGGAGUGGCUGCGGCGGCAGUAGAUUUACCACCACCUGAUUGUGUAGGUACAGAACCAGAAGAAAAGCAAGAGUUUCUGAAGUUCGAAAAAGAUGAGAAUAAGGAUGGUUCUGGAGACACAAAAGAAAAAGAAGACCGAGAUGAAGACUAUCUGGAGAACAAAGACAUUGAAAAUAAAUCUGAAAAUAAAUGGGAUAAAGAUAAGUUUGGAGACAAUGUAGACAGUGUCUACUUACGACCUCCCCCACCACACAAAGCCCGCUCUACGGCAUCCUCCAUAGAAGAGAAGGACUGCUGUAUUGAAUGCCUAUAUUACACCCUUCAGUGUUGUGAUUGUGUACUAAUGUAAACUAAAGUUCACUAUAGUUUGUAUGGAAGAAAUUAAUAAAAAGGCAGCAACUUCUCUCAGACAGCUAUUGAUAGUCUGAUAGUAUAGCUAUUAAAAAUAUGCCUUAACCUAUGUAUCAUAGUAAAUAUGGAGUGAGUAUGAUCUUGCCUGUUUGUGUGUAUGUCAUAGCAACAAUUUGUACGAGAAGCAAAAUGUAUGUGUGAAUCUUUGUGGUCAUGGUUGUCAGAGAAAAAAUCUUGUCUAGAUUUAUUCUGUGCAAACUAUACUGAUGGAUAUUGAGGCAGAAAAAACAAAUAAUUGUUUUUUGCUAUAGAUCUGACCUUUUAUAUUUAUGUAUACAUGAGGUUAGGUACAUUAUAAAAUGUAUUCAAAAACAAAAAUCUGAUCAAAUACUGAUUAACCAUUUCAUUUUAAUUUUAUUGGUAAUAUUUCAAUUAGUUUCAUGAGUAAUUAUUGGUAAUGCCACUAUUGUUGCAUAUUUCAUAAACCCAAAUACUAUAAGUUCUCUAAUUAGGCUUAAAUAGCUAAGUUGCCAUUUGAUAUAUCAUUGUAUUAAGUCUUCUAGACCUUAUUAUUGUUAGAAUGUUUUAAUUUCUGUUUUUACUACUUGCCUAUAUUUCUUAAUUUUUGAUGUAGCUUUUUAGGAUUCAUUUCAAAUAAAUCAAGUCUGAAUAGAAUGAAAGUACAGAAUAAUACAGUCAAAUGCAUUUUUAUAAAUUGGUAGUGUUUAAGCUACUUUCUGUACAUUGUUGAUUUCAGUACAGUCCAAACAGACAGAGGGUCUUGCAAAAUUUAUUCUAUGAUUCUAAAAUAUAACAAAAAAUAAAUGUAUAAAGUCUUGUUCUGUAUGAUUAGUUCUCAUUUUAAUAAAAUUUACAUUCCAUGGAAUACAAAGCUGAAACGAAUUAUAUUUUUCUAUUCAUGGAUUUACAUGUAUUUUGAUACUUGCAAAUAUACAUAAAUUUAGUAGUACUUUUAAUUUAUAAGAAACGAGAUUGUAUUUAAUUCUCUAUAACUUUUUUACAUUCUAUAAAUUUGAACAGGUGCUCAAUAAGUUGAAUUUAUAUAUUAAUUUUUAUGGGAUCAAUCUUACUGAUAAUGAUCUCAUAUAGUAUCUCGUGACAAAGUAUUGUUAAACUAGUCGGUUUAACAAGGCAAAUAUGCAUUAUAUAGGUACUUUUUGUACUUUGAUAUUAGAUAAUAAAUACUUUUUUAACAAAGUAAA